AUUUCAACUCAUGCUGUUCACAAUGACAUUGAAUGUUCCAUGAAAUGUCAUCAACAGAAACUAUGUGUUGGCUUUAAUUUCUUAUUUGAUGCAAAAGAAUUUGAGAUAAACUGCCAAAUUACCAACAGAAAAAAACCCAGAAAUAUGGAGAAACUAGCCUCAGAAGGCAAAUGGACUUUUUAUGAAUCUCAUGCAUUGGCAAAAGACUGUGCAGAUCUAUACAUGAAAGGAAAGAGGAAGAAUGGAGUUUAUGAAAUUGAUCCAGAUGGCCAGGGCAGUUUCAAUGUUUUCUGUGAUAUGACAACAUCUAGUGGAGGUUGGACUGUGUUUCAACGUCGUCAAGAUGGAAGUGUAGACUUUUAUCGAGAUUGGAGGGAUUAUAAGAAUGGUUUUGGUGAUCUGAAAGGCGAAUUCUGGCUUGGAUUGGAUAAAAUAUACAGACUAACAUCAGCAAGGAGAAAUAAACUUCGUGUUGACCUUGGAGACUGGUCAGGAAACAAAGCAUAUGCUGAAUAUGAUUAUUUUGCUGUAGAGAAUGAAGCAAAUAAAUAUAAGUUGAGUCUUGGUGCAUAUUCUGGAAAUGCUAGCAAUUCAUUAUCUUGUCAUAAAGCCAAGGCGUUUUCAACAAAAGAUUCAAAUAAUCAUCAAAGUGCAGGAAACUGUGCCACUGACUGGAAAGGAGCUUGGUGGUAUUGUUAUGAUAACUAUUGUUAUGACUCUAACCUGAAUGGACACUACUAUAGUGGCAACCAAAACAAUUACAAAGGUGUGACUUGGCGACAAUGGAAAGGUGGUAAAUCUUUAAAGUUCACUGAGAUGAAAAUAAAAGCAUAAAGAAUUUCCAAAGCUGUAAUGUCAUAAAUUUGAUCACUAUUUCUAAUGAAACUUUCAACAUUUAAUAACAAAAAAUAACUUUUAUGUCUUUUAAAGAUCCUUUAUAAUCAUUAUCAUUUAAAAAAGCGUUGAAAAAAUAGUUAAAAAUACUGUGGUGAAAUAAUAACUUUCUAAUAUUUUCUCUAAAAUUAGAGCUGAUUUAGGUAAUUAUGUGAUUCUAAUGUUAUGUCUUUUCACUCAUUUCUUUAAUGAGAUAUUGCUCUGUAUGUAACUAAUUCUAUAUUUUCGCCUCGUUCCACGCAAUCUUGGUGUAUCAUGCAUUUCAUGCAAUUAUCUUACAUCAUUAUUCACUAUGUAAGCAAUGUCGCUUUUGAUUGGUCAACUACCUGCAAAUAAUUCUAGAUAUCUGUAGGUAAGACGUCUAUUUACAAAUAACAGUUUCUACAAUUAUGGACGUCAUUAAGAGCCGGUUUCGAAAAAAAGUCAAAUCAUAGCGAUGUUUUCCACAGUUUCUAAAAACGAUGUAAAAGCUUUGAAACAAGAAGCAUCCAGAAAACACUAAAAAAGCGGCUAAGAUGGCUUUGAACGUGCUUACAACAUAUUUAAACAAGAUGAACU